AUGAAUCAGGUCUCGGCGAAGUCCAAGUUGAAGACAACUGAGUUCAUUGGGGGGGAAAACAGGGGUGUGAGAUUUAUGAAUAGGGCUAAGGGCCACCUGAACGCAGUCAGUAAAAAUGUGGCGCAGGUGUCCAAUGCGGCGAACUCGCAGUUUACGCGCAAAACGUCUUUUGGGAAGAACUCGCACUUGAAAGCGCGGACGAACAACUCACUGCUUAAACAACCGGCGAAGAGCAGCCUCAAAAGCAAUCAGAGGAGCUCACUGAGGGUUGCCCACGUCGAGUUCGCCAAGUACAGCCAUAAAAAGGGUCAUCAAAAUAGUGACGAUAACGGCGAUGGUUACGAUGACGACAAGGCUGGUGCAAAUGAUGGCCUAAAUUAUCACGUCCAUGAUGAUGUGCAUGAUGAUGGCGGCAGGGAGGCGACAUCCGGGGGGAGACUGGUGCCCCCACCGAACGCCGGUAACGCGACAAACGCAGGGGGGCGGAAGAGCUACCUGAACAAGUUCGACGUACGGAACCACAGAAGAGACAAGUACGGGGAAAGCGGGAGAGCCACCGCCAUCGGCAGUGGAAACAACCAUGCAAACAAUCAAGCCAACAAUAACCACGGGAACAACCACAACAGCGGUAAUCCUAAGAUGGGACAGUCCAGGAUGCUCAGCCAGCCCCACCACUACGAGCGGGAGGAAGCUGGGUCGGGCGAAAACGAAUGGGGGCGCAGGGCGGAAGACGCCAUCUACUCUUACAGCUCGCCCAUGAAGAGAAAAUACGACGCCAUGGAGAGAAAAUACGACCCCGUGGAGAACCUACACAGGGGAGCUGCUGACAGGGGGGCUGCCUCCAGGGGGGGCAAGGGAAGUGAUAGCGAUAGCAACAGUGGGGGCGACAUUAGAGGGGACCCUCACAGCGAGCGUCAGCACGAGAAUGAAAGACGAAGGAGGGACACCAACACACAGAGUAAACGAUACGCCUCAAGAGGUCCCCCCCAUGACAGUGGAAAUUCACACUAUGGUAAUAACGUAGGUGCCAUAAAUAUAUCAAGUGGAACGAAUGAAAAGGUCAGUGCUUAUGGCAGCAUGAUGUUGUAUUCGAAUGAGAAACUUCUAGGUAGCAACAACACGGGGCUUGGUCCUCCCCCAAGCCGGAACAACAGUGGGUUGCACGCCAUCAACCAGGAGGACGGUCUGCUGAGUAGGUCUUACCAGCCGCUGAGCACAACAGGUAGGAACGCAGCGGGGAAUGCAAGCGGCGCGGCGAACAUGGCCUGUGGGGACCAGGACGAGGAUAACGUGAGGACCACUCCGUUAGAGAGAAGCUACGCGAAAUUCGAUCGACUGAGGAGGGGCGAACCGAUGCUUGCCGUUCCGGCGCACAGGUACCAGCAGGAGUCGCAGCAGUUGGAGCAGUCGAAACAGUCGGAGCAGUCAAAGCAAUCGCACCAAUCGGAGAAGUCGAAGCAGUCACAGCACCUGAAUAACUCGCUCUACUACCUGAGCAGGAACCCCGCGAGACCGCACAGGCGGAGCAGACACACCAGUUAUAUAACGGACACGAAUAGCGAAAAGAUGGCGAAUCAUACGAUGGGAAUCCAUAACGAUUUAUUUAACUCGUGUACGUUCGAUAGAUUGAGUGAGGACAAUUUUAAUUCCUCUACGAAGAAGAGGACAGAUGGGAGGUUGGACAACCAGGUGGGUGCCAUGGACGGGGGAGGCGGCGAGGGUUCGGAGGAUCGCGGAAUGGAUCGUGGCAUAGACCGUGCAGCGAGUGCGAAUAGGAACGCCGCAUCGAACAGCUCCCAUAAAUUCUCACGGCUGCUGAGGAACGAUGCCAUGGCGAGCCACCAGCGGGUGGGGGGACUGAGCAGCGACAAGGGGGGGUGGAAAAGCAGCCAUCUGGAGUCAAACAACAUGGAGUUGCGUAACAUGUCCGCAUCGGUGCAGUACUCAGAGGGACGCCCAUUCGUUAUGGGAUCCACUAGUGCCAUUUUCCCUAUUAGCAGCACAUUGAAAGGAGCUCCCCCGAGGGAGAUACCAAACGGAAGGGGAGCGACUACUCUACCCUCUUUCAGCAGACUUGAUAGUAAGGAAGGGGACAGUGAAGACGAUUACUAUCGAAGCGUCGUGCACAACAUCACAAAUUGUAACAGUGAAGAAAAUGACAUGAACGAUUUAUACACCAAUGUAGUAAAUCUGAAUACUUAUGUCUCCAACUGGGAGAAAGAAAAUCAACACUUGAGCGAAAUUUCCAAGACGAAUAACAGCAUCAGUGAUACAAUUAGAACUAUUAAGCAGAUCGUAUUGACAAGAAAGAAAGUUAUCCAGGAUAAGAGAAAUGUGAUCAAUGAGGAGUAUGAAGUGAUUUCUCAGAAACUGAAAGAAUGUGAAUCCAUUUUCUGUGAUUCUAAUGAUGGUACCAAAGGAGAAAAAAAAUUAAAAGUUUUCUACGAGAUUGAUGAGAAGAAGAAUACCCUCAAGGGGAAAUAUGAGAUGAAGAAAAUGUUAUUGAAAAAGGCCGAAUAUAAAAUUGAGAAACUACAAGAAUACACAGAUGCGGUGAAGUUGAAGACGCUAGCCAUUUCGGAGAGGUAUAAGAAGACCUUUCUACUUAUUGAGGAACUGUUUCGAUUGAAGAUUAUCAAAGACACGGAGAAUGAAGUGCAAGUCUGUCUCAUUCCUAAGAAUACCAAGACGAACAUGUGGCACAGGCUGCAGCUGGACAAGAGGGAGAUGACGUCCGAUGCCUGUGAUUAUUUGUGGAGCCAGAUAGAGUCCUUCGUGGAUAAAGAGGCUCUCAACAGUUAUUUCUAA